CUGACUCUUCAGCUCCACCAGUCCUGCCGUGUUCCCUAGCACCGCCACUUACCAUGGAGAAGGUUGUUAUCCUGGUGCUGAUCUCCCUGGCUGUAGCCUACGCUGCCCCUGACCCUCGGGGCUUGGUCAUCAACCUGGAAAAUGGGGAGCUGUGCCUGAAUAGUAUCCAGUGUAAGAGCCAAUGUUGCUACCGGGAUGAUAGUCUGAGCUUGGCUCGCUGUGCUUUGAAAACCCCUGAGAACAGUGAAUGUUCUGCCAAUUCACUCUAUGGAGUUUACUACAAGUGUCCCUGUGAGUUGGGGCUGACCUGUGAAGGGGACACGAGCAUCUGGGGCUCCAUCACUAACACCAACUUUGGUAUCUGCAACGAUGUUGGACGUUCAAAGGAGUGAAGUCUUUCCCCGCCUCACCCUACCCUUCCCCACCAACCCACCGGAUUCUCUGUCCAUUAAAGGUCAUCCAGCAAACCC